AUUAUACGUAUUAAAAAAUAUAAUAAUAGCAAUACAAUAAAGACUGCUUAUUAUAUUUGAACAAUAAAAAAAUAAUCGUGUAAAAAAUUGAAAAAUGAAAUGUAUCCGAAAAUACAUAAUUAAAAAUGAUUAAGCUCCAAAAUAUAUUAAAUACCGGAAUACCGGAUUGAUCGCGGGAAUUCAGUUUCAAAAAUGGCGUCUAUGCGAAUACUCGUGAUCAAAUAUACUCAUUUAUUUAUUGUAAAACCGUCAUGCAGUUGCAGAUUUAAAAACACAAGUCAUGCAAGAAAUUACAGUGUUUUUCCACCAACGUAUGUCAAAUCUAUCUACGAUAAAAACACACAACAAGAGUUGGAAGCUUCAGGGGAAUUAAAAGAAUAUUCACAUUUACCUAUUAAACCAGCAUUUACAAAUCAAACUUCAUCAGAGUUUCAUGAUCCUUUAGUCAAUAAACUUAUAAACUAUUUAACAAAAGAGGGUAAUAAAGAUCGUGCUAGAAUGUUAGUCGAAAGAACAUUUGAAAAUAUAAAACGUAUUCAAAUAGAAAAGUAUCACAAAGCUAGUACUUCUGAAGCAAAAGAACAGAUUGAAUUGAAUCCUAGAAUAAUUUUACAAAAAGCAAUUGAAAAUAGCACUCCUGUAUUAGAACUUAUGAAAAUAAAGAAAGGAGGGCAAUCAUAUCAAGUUCCUGUACCAUUGACUGAUAAGAGAGCAAACUUUUUAGCUAUAAAUUGGUUGAUAGCAGCUGGAAAUGAAAAAGAAGAUACUGCUCGUUUUUAUGAUAGAUUUGCUUAUGAGUUGAUAGAUGCAUCCAAAAAUCAGGGAAGAGUUAUUCGAAAGAAACAAGAAUUAUACAGACAAUGUGAAGCUAAUAGAUCCUAUGCUCACUUUAGGUGGACUUAAAUUUUUUUUGACAAUAAAUGUUAAUGUUAACUAAAGUUUUUCCAAAUUGAAUUUGAUUUAAUAUUGAAAAAUAAUCAUUUUUUAUGAAAGAAAAGAUUUAAAUUUAUAAAAAUAAAUUACAUAAUUGCCAAAUAUAAAUCGAAAUACAUUAAAUAUGAGAGCUAUA